AUGCGGAAGAUCUCAGUGCUGCUCUUCCUGGCCUGGGUGGGCUUCCUCUUCUACGCCGGCAUUGCUCUCUUCACCAGUGGCUUCCUGCUCACCCGUUUGGAGCUCACCAACCAUAGCAGCUGCCAAGAGCCCCCAGGCCCUGGGUCCCUGCCAUGGGGGAGCCGAGGGGAGCCCGGGGCCUGCUGGAUGGCUUCCCGAUUCUCCCGGCUUGUGUUGGUGCUGAUAGACGCUCUGAGAUUUGACUUUGCCCAGCCGCAGCUCUCACAUGUUUCUGGGGAGCCUCCUGUCUCCCUGCCCUUCAUGGGCAAACUGGGCUUCUUGCAGAGGAUCCUGGAAAUUCAGCCCCACCAUGCCAGGCUCUACCAGUCCAAGGUUGACCCCCCAACCACCACCAUGCAGCGCCUCAAGGCCCUCACCACCGGCUCACUGCCUACCUUUAUUGACGCUGGUAGUAAUUUUGCCAGCUACGCCAUAGCGGAAGACAAUCUCGUUAAGCAGCUAACCAGUACAGGAAGGCGUGUGGUCUUCAUGGGAGAUGAAACCUGGAACGAUCUUUUUCCUGGAGCUUUCUCCCAAGCUUUCUUUUUCCCGUCCUUCGAUGUUAGAGACCUACACACAGUGGACAAUGGUAUCCUGGAACACCUCUACCCAACCAUGGACAGUGGUGAAUGGGAUGUGCUGAUUACUCACUUCCUGGGUGUGGAUCACUGUGGCCACAAGCAUGGCCCUCAUCAUCCUGAAAUGGCCAAGAAACUUAGCCAAAUGGACCAAGUGAUCCAGGGACUCGUGGAGCGUCUGGAGAAUGACACACUGCUGGUAGUGACUGGGGACCAUGGGAUGACCACGAGUGGGAACCAUGGAGGGGACAGUGAGCUGGAGACCUCAGCUGCACUUUUUCUGUAUAGUCCCACAGCCCUCUUCCCCAGCGCCCCACCAGAGGAGCCAGAGGUAAUUCCUCAAAUCAGCCUUGUGCCUACGCUGGCCCUGCUGCUGGGCCUGCCCAUCCCAUUUGGGAACAUCGGGGAGGUGAUAGCUGAGGUGUUCUCAGAGGUUGAAGACUCCCAGCCUCACUCUUCUACUCUAGCCCAAGCCUCAGCUCUCCAUCUCAAUGCCCAGCAGGUGUCCCGAUUUCUUCACACCUACUCAACUGCUGCUCAGGACCUCCAAGUUAAGGAGCUUCAUCGACUACAGAACCUCUUCUCCAAAGCUUCUGCUGACUACCAGCGGCUUCUGCAGAGCCCCCAGGGGGCUGAGGCAGCACUACAGACUGUGAUUACUGAGCUGCAGCAGUUCCUGCGGGGAGUUCGGGCCAUGUGCAUUGAGUCUUGGGCUCGUUUUUCUCUGGUCCGCAUGGCAGGGGGUGCUGCUCUCUUGGCUGCUACCUGCUUUCUUUGCCUACUGGUAUCCCAGUGGGCAGCAUCCCCAGGCUUCUAUUUCCGCCCUCUCCUAAUACCCAUGGCCUGGGGUUUGACUGGGGCCGUAGUGUGUGCUGGACUCCUGGCAACUACUGGGCUGAAGCUGGAUUCAGUGGUUCUAGGGGCCAUGGCUGCAGUGGCCUCACUUCUGCCUUUUCUGUGGAAAGCCUGGGCUGGCUGGGGAGCUAAGAGGCCCCUGGCAGCCCUGCUUCCCAUGCCUGGGCCUGUCCUAUUACUCCUGCUCAUUCGCUUUGCUGGUUUCUUCUCUGAUAGCUUUGUUAUAGCCGAGGCCAGGGCCGCCCCCUUCCUUUUGAUCUCACUCAUCUUGCUCCUGGUUGCCCAGCUUCACUGGGAGGGCAAGCUGCUGCCACCUAAGCUACUCACAAUACCUCGCUUUGGCUUUCUGACCCCAGCAGGCCCCCCACGUCACAAUGGCACGCAUGCCCUGGGGCUUGGAGUUGGGUUGCUUUUAUGUAUAAGGCUAGCUGGGCUUUUUCAUCGCUGCCCUGAAGAGACGCCUGCUUGCAGCUCCUCUCCCUGGCUGAGUCCCCUGGCAUCCAUGGUGGGUGGUCGAGCCAAGAAUGUGUGGUAUGGAGCUUGUGUGGGGGCGCUGGCGGCCCUGUUAGCUGCCGUGCGCCUGUGGCUUCGCCGCUAUGGUAAUCUCAAGAGCCCUGAGCCCCCUGUGCUCUUUGUGCGCUGGGGGCUGCCGCUAAUGGGACUAGGCACUGCCGCCUACUGGGCCUUGGCAUCAGGGGCGGAUGAAGCACCCCCACGUCUCCGGGCCCUGGUUGCUGGGGCAUCAGUUAUGUUACCUAGGGCUGUGGCCGGGUUGGCUGCUUCAGGGCUCAUGCUGCUGCUCUGGAGGCCUGUGACGGUGCUGGUGAAAGCUGCGGCGGGUGCUCCACGGACCAGGACUGUCCUCACUCCCUUCUCAGGCCCCCCCACUUCUCAGGCUGACCUGCAUUAUGUGGUUCCUCAAAUCUACCGACACAUGCAGGAGGAGUUCCGGGGCCGGCUAGAGAGGACCAAGUCUCAGGGCCCCCUGACGGUGGCCGCCUAUCAGUUGGGGAGUGUCUACUCAGCUGCUAUGGUCACGGCCCUCACCCUCUUGGCCUUUCCACUUCUGCUAUUGCAUGCAGAGCGCAUUAGCCUUGUGUUCCUGCUUCUGUUUCUGCAGAGCUUCCUUCUCCUGCAUCUGCUUGCUGCUGGGAUACCCAUCACCACCCCUGGUCCUUUUACUGUGCCUUGGCAGGCAGUCUCUGCUUGGGCCUUCAUGGCAACACAGACCUUCUAUUCCACGGGUCACCAGCCCGUCUUUCCAGCUAUCCAUUGGCAUGCUGCCUUCGUGGGAGUCCCAGAGGGCCAUGACUUUACCUGGCUGUCUGCUUUGCUGGUGGGAACCAACACCUUUGCCUCCCAUAUCCUCUUUGCAGUAGGUUGCCCAUUGCUCCUGCUCUGGCCCUUUCUCUGUGAGAGUCAAGGGCCCCGGAAGAGGCGGCAGCCCCCAGGGAAUGAAGCUGAAACCAGAGUCAGGCCUGAGGAGGAGGAGGAGCCACUGAUGGAGAUGCGGCUCCGGGACGCUCCUCACCACUUCAAUGCAGCGCUGCUGCAGCUGGGCCUCAAGUACCUCUUUGUCCUUGGUAUUCAGAUUUUGGCCUGUGCCUUGGCAGCCUCCAUCCUCCGCAGGCAUCUCAUGGUCUGGAAGGUGUUUGCCCCCAAGUUCAUUUUUGAGGCCAUGGGCUUCAUUGUGAGCAGCGUGGGACUUUGCCUGGGCAUAGCUUUGGUGAUGCGAGUGGAUGGUGCUGUGAGCUCCUGGUUCAGGCAGUUAGUUCUGGCCCAGCAGAAAGCUGGAGAACAGUCUAGCCUGGUCUAUACGGGUGCUGGAUCAUCUGCAAGAGAGGCUGAGUCACACCUCUUACCACCGUGCAGCCAGGAUCUACUGGCAUCUGGGACUUCAUUAUUUUAUAAUUCAAAAUCAUAG